UUCUCCCUUUUUCUCUCUCUUCUUCUCUCUCAUUAAAUUUUGUGAAUCAGUUAUACACACAGUAGUCUCUCUCUCUCUCUCUCUCUCACACACACACAGAGACACGCGACGCAUCAAUCUGUGUGUGAGUUGUGAUGUGAGAUCGAUCGAUCUAUCAGUAUUUCCGCCGAUUCUUCCAGUUGCAGAUGCGGAUCUACUCACUUUGCUUUCACACUCAAAGCCUUUUUUGAUUUCCUUCUGAUCGCUCGCUUCUUCGCUACUCCUCCAUCGCUGCUAAAUAGGCUAGGCGAAGUUCAGUUGCGAGGGAGAAUUAAUCAUUGUUAUUCGAAAAUGGAGGCGGAGAAGAAGCCUUCCGCCGUUUCAGAUGUCGGUGCCUGGGCUAUGAAUGUCAUCAGCUCCGUCGGAAUCAUCAUGGCGAAUAAGCAGCUCAUGUCCACCAACGGCUACGCUUUCAGCUUCGCGACGACAUUGACUGGUUUCCAUUUUGCUGUUACCGCACUUGUUGGAAUGAUUUCGAAUGCUACGGGGCUUUCUGCGUCGAAGCACGUCCCUUUCUGGGAGCUGCUAUGGUUCUCGAUUGUUGCGAAUAUGUCUAUUACAGGGAUGAAUUUGAGCCUCAUGCUUAACUCAGUUGGAUUCUAUCAGAUUUCAAAAUUGAGUAUGAUUCCGGUGGUCUGCAUCAUGGAAUGGAUCCUUCAUAGCAAGCAAUACUCAAGUCAAGUCAAAUUGUCCGUUGUGGUUGUGGUUAUAGGCGUGGGUGUUUGCACUGUGACAGACGUGAAAGUGAAUGCCAAAGGUUUUAUGUGUGCUUGUGUUGCAGUUCUUUCCACCUCGCUACAACAAAUAUCAAUAGGCUCCUUGCAGAAGAAGUACUCUAUUGGAUCAUUUGAGUUAUUGAGUAAAACAGCACCAAUUCAAGCUGGCUCCCUCCUUGUGCUGGGUCCUAUAAUCGAUUAUUACCUCUCGAAUAACUUAAUUCUGGACUACAAGUUUACCACCGGAGCCCUGUUCUUCAUACUUCUUUCGUGUUCUCUAGCUGUGUUCUGCAAUGUGAGCCAGUAUCUUUGCAUUGGGCGGUUUUCAGCUGUUUCGUUCCAAGUUUUAGGGCACAUGAAGACAGUGUGCGUGCUGACACUGGGCUGGCUGCUUUUUGAUUCCGAGCUUACAAUGAAGAACAUAAUGGGGAUGGGCGUGGCGGUGCUGGGCAUGGUGAUCUAUAGUUGGGCUGUGGAAGCCGAAAAGCAGCAGCCUAAGAUAAUAGCCAGUGCAAAGCACAGCUUAACGGAAGAAGAAAUCCGAUUGCUGAAAGACGGCCUUGAAACGGCUCCGAUCAAGGAUAUUGAGCUUGGUCAGCCCAAGCAGUAGCCUCCCCUUGCUUCCAGCACCACCACCAUUUGUGUAGUAACUUACUAGAUUUGAUUUAUCUUUUUUCUUUUUUCUUUUUUUCAUUUUAAUUUAAGUUGAAGGGAAGUUUACAAGUAAAAGUGAGAAAUUCGUUUGAUUGUGAGACACUGCAAGUACCUGUUUAUUUAGAAAUCUUUAUAUAGUUUCAUUUGAUUA